AUCCUGGCGGCACAGUUUUGCCUUCUGAGAUCACGCUGGUCUCCAGCACCCAAGGGCGUCGGACUGUGGUCACCGGAGAAACUUUGGGCGAAGCCACCCCCAUCAGGCAGUUAAGGAUGACUUCUGUUAACGCACGUGGAGUAUUUCUUCCCAGGCAGGAGCUCGGUUUUAAAUCUUAAAAGGCAGCCAUGAACACUGACAAUACAAUGUAUGUAAACUGUGGGUUGUAACAUGAUUUCCCAUCGCUGGCAUCUUGACCUUGGGUUUUUCAGAAGGUCGUAGCCCUCGGGGUGAGGGAAGUGCUGUCCGUGGAGUGACGGCGCUGAGUUGCCUGGCUUCUGCCCCGGGACACCCGGGGUGAGGCAGAGCGGGCUGUUCUUGUCGAGAAGCGUCAGAGUGCUUUCCAUCCACGCCGAAUCACGCCGUCGGCGUCAGUGGCGUUCCGUGGUAGACAUGCUAUGUCCCGGGGCUCCUGACGGAACCCGGGGCUGAACGUCUUAAAUGACAGAGCUUUAUCCCAUCGCAGUCCCAGAGGCCAGAAGUUGGAGGGCAAGGGCCGCGCCCCCUCUGUCCCAGGCAUCCCUCCAGCUCCUGCUGGUUCCUCGGCUGUGGCCUCAUCACUGUUAGCACACAGCCGCCUCCCUGUGAGGUGUCUGUGUCCCCGUGUCCCCUUCCUAUAAGGACACGUGUCACAUCGGAUCAAGGCUCACCCUAACGACCUUGUCUUAACCAGUUACAUCUGCAAGGGCCCUGCUUCCAAAUACGGUCACAUGCCGAGCUCUGGGGAUGAAGGCUCCAGGAGUGAGUUUGGGGGAUGCGGUGCGACCCCCAGCAAAAGGCAAUAGACACGCACAUGUUUGUAGCUGAACAAGGAUGUUUCCAUAAAAAUAGAUUCUAAUCGACCUUGUAACGAUUUGUUUACGACAAACUACUCAUCAGAGAGCGUAGUUGGGUGGGUUUGCACACGCCUGGGGUCUCCAUCCCUCGCUGUCCCCAGGCCAGGCAGCCCCUGACCUUCCUCCUGUCCCCUUCCCUGUAGGUCGCCUUGCAGGUUCCGGUUUCAUGGCAGGGACUCCCGCACUGUCUCCUUUGUCCAGCUGCUUUCACGCCGCGUAGUUAUCGAGAGAGUCACCCGUGUCUUUGUGGAAGGGCCGUUUAGAUGGGCUCGGCCGGUUGGCCCUGCGGGAAGCAGCUUGGCUUCUGCAGACCAGCAUCGGGGCGGCUUGGUCCUAGCGCUAAAGGUACCUUGCUUCUGCUUUAAAACAACAUUUGCCUGUUAGGUAACGUCUGAAGGAACAUUUCAAGGAAGUGUAAAUUGAGGGCAAUGAAAGUGCAGAAGUGAGAAGGGAGGCGAAGCUGGGUCGGGAAGGAGGUUCUGGGGGUGUUGGAGGCACUCACCUGAUAGCGUUGGGUUUUUCUGGACUGAGACUUGGUGACUGGCCCAGGGGAGGUGCCGGCCCACCAGGGGCCCAGGUCCCUGUACAGACCUGGGGCUUGUUUGGGUGCAGCAGGACACACGUCCAAAUUGCAUCCACUGUUUUACAUUCUUAUUAAAACCAGUUGCCUUCCAGGUGGAGCUCCUUAGGGACCAGAGGAAAAAAAUACCCCGUCCAGCUCCCGGAAUUACUGCUUUGAACACACAGUGCAGCAAAUGAAACAUACUCACGGCGGAGUCUCCACGUUUCAUGGUUCUUGUGCGUUCUGAGGCUUGGCGGUCUAUUAGGCUUUUGCCCACGAAGCAUCAGUGGUCUCAUGGACGCGCUGGAUGAGUAAGACACAUAGCGCCUGCUGAUAAUUUGUGAAGAUGGCUUUUGGUUGAGACCCUGUACCUUCAGAUGAUGUAGGGAAAAGGUUCGGGAGGUGCUCUGGGAUUGAGGUGCCGGGGGCUCUGAACCCUGCAAGUGACAGACAGGGGAGCACCCCUGACACCCACAUCGGGUACCUGCCUCUCAGAGAGGCUGGCAGAGCAGGUCUGUGCUCACAUCUGAGUGCGGCUUGUUUGGGGGAGACCUCAAAGCCUCCCUCGCCCCUGGGUCACCGUGCUGAGCAGCCGAGACCUGUGUCUCGCAACAGUGAGGCUCGGGGGCCCAGGAUGGCGGCUCCCCGACGGCCGGACUCUGGGAACCUCCAAGCCUCAGUUUCCCUGCCUGGCAGCUUGGAGACCACCUCCACCCUUCCCGGAGGCUGCGGGAUUGGAAAUGGGUCCCGCAGCAGGCAGGCUGCCCGCUGGGCAGGACAGACCCGCGGCUGCCCCCUCCGUCACUCGCUGUGGGGUCUCUGGCAUGGUCCCUGUGCCCCAGGUUGCCCGUGUGAGGGCGGCCAGCCCCGAGCCCCGCGCUGUGCAGGGCGACGCAGCGUUUGGAGUGUGGUCUGGAUCAUGGAUUCCAGUUGUUCUGGCACCAAAGUGGCCACGUUUCAUAAGUGAUACUGUCCGAAACUGAAGCGUCUUGAGAUUAGCAAGCUAUAAAUAAAAUAGACAGUAGAGACCCCACAGGAGAAACAAAAACACUGGAGAGAUGAUGUGGCUUCCAGGUGGCACGUGGGUCACUUUGGUGAAGUCUCAGGUGCCGGUGUGGCAACAAAUGCCCCUUGGUCUCAGCCAGCCUUAGCUGUUCCUGUCAGUGUGGCAUCGGAGUCCCUGCGGACCGCAGGCUUCUCUCUGAGGGUCCCUUCGUCACAGGGCUGCCUGCGUGGACCUUUGUGCAUGAACGUGCCCUGUGAUCUGUGCAGCAGCCCCGGUAACUCAGAGAUGACAGUCAGGUCAUCAGUCCACAGGUGUGUGUCCUGUGAACAGGUGUGGGUCCAUAGGUGUGUGUUCCCUGAACAGCUGUGUGACCCACGGCCAGGAGCAUCUUCACUAGACGGUAGCAGAUGCUCUGCUGCCCUUGCCCUCAAAGAAAAAGUGUGGUGAGCUGCUUUAGUCUGCAGCCUGCAUCUUUCUUAUCAGGCCAUCAUGUGACAUGACCACCCAGAUGCUUCCAUUCUUAGGGUCACAGCUGCUGAAAUGCAACUGGGCAGCCGCUCUUCUGCGGCGGUCAGGUGGGUGGGACCCUCACGACCUCUUACUGAUGUGGAGGCAUAACCAGCUUUGUAAUGCAAAUUCAGUUAUUCCCUUAAAGUUUCCUGGAUAAAUUGGAUAAAUUACGUGUAUCCUUAAUGUUUCCAUAGCAGACUAAUCUGUUUUUUUUUUUUGGCUGUACCGCACGGCACGUGGGAUCUUAGUUCCUCAACCAGGAAUCGAACCUGUGCGCCCUGCAGUGGAAGCGCGGAGUCCUAACCACUGAACUGCCAGGGAAGUCCCCCAGACUAAUCUGUUUUUGAUUAUCAUUCCUUUAGAUGCCUUUUCUUUUCAGUGUACAGGUGACUUUUUUCCCUAAUGAAAAUUGUGUUUUCUUACGACAAAAUCUCUGUGAAGUACAUAACUGAUUUUAAGCUGCUCUGACUGAAUGUUAAUUUAUUUUAGAACUUUCCAUAUGAGUUGAAGUUAUUUGAGAAAUGCAAAAGCCAGCUGAGGUAGUUGUUACUUCUCUAAAAUGGCCCCGGCAUUCUGCCCCUUUUCAGGGUUCUUCCUAAUUCUUAGGCUCUAUUUCACUGGCGAGAAAAGAGCCUUAUUAUUCAUAUAGGAAGUCAGGGGAUGAAACAUGCCUCUCCCUAACUUGAAUAUAGGGUCCUUAGGGCUCUCAGUACCUCCCCCCAUGUUCGGCCGGAGCUCCGCAUGGACUCGGGGCAUGAAGCCGAUGCUUUGAGUUUAAAUGGUCGAUUUCCUGGUUUGACGUGUGUUUCGGAUCCUCCCUCAGCGUCUGACUAACCUGAGUCUGUAACGCCAGGUGUGCGGUGUGAAGCCACACCUGGACGGCCUGUCUGUCCCCCUCCCCGCCUCCCACGCCCUGGAGGAGGGGUAGACCGGCUGCCGACCACCCUCGGGGGUGGUCCACGCACCCAGGGCCGAGCACCGCAGCCAGUUCUGGGCUUGCCUGCUCUCCUCAGGGCUCGUCCGCGGGGUCAGGUCCCGCUGCUGUCACACGAUCGAAGCAGAGUGUUUACUUCUGGUCUUCGAGUCGGGGGGCUGGUUGGAGUGGGGGGUCUGUAUUCUCGCCUGGCAGGGACGGAGCUGGGUGGGCUGUCGAGGGAGACAAGGGAGUGACAGGCUUGGACCCUCCCCAGCCUUGUUCUCCCAGCCUGGGGACUGUGGGUGUUUCCAGGUGACCUCAGAUGGUGAUGCGAAACGUAAAGUCUAAAGGAAGGUGUUGCACAAAUGAGGUGGCCCCUGCCCUCCGCCCCUGCCCCCCCCACCCCCGGGGAAAGGUGGACGGAUGUCCGCACAUUUGACCAGCUGGAAAAUGGUGUGUUUAUCAGGGACGACCUGUCUUCUGCAGGGCAUCUUAUGCUGUGAGCCUGGCCCCAGAUUUCGUACAGUGAAGUCCUAGCCCCCAGAGCCUCAGAACCUGAGCUAGUUUGGAUGUGAUUUGUACUGAGGUAGUAGGAUGGGCCUAAUCCGAUAGGACCGUGUCCUUGUAGGAGGGGACACUGGGACAGACACGCACACAGGGAGGCGGCAGAGGCAGAGGUGGGUGACGCUUCCACGAGCCAAGGACGCUGAGCCAGUCACCACAGAAGCUGACGGAGGCCAGGAUGCAGCCCCCGGUGGGGCCUUUGGAGGGAGUCCUGCCCGCACCUUGGCCUCGGUCGGGCUCUGGCCUCCAGUCGGGCGGCACUGAAGUUCUAUUGUUUUGUCUGCCCAGUCCGGUGGCCCCGGGAAACUUCGGGAGCAGCAAAGAACUGGGGAACGAGUCUGGGGAGAGCAGCGCGUGGGGCCCAACUCGAGAAAUGAUUCGGGUGCUUGGGACCGCGAAGGGGGUUCUCAUCACCUUGGGUCCCUCCCCCAAAGAUACGUUCCUGGGGGCUGAGCUGGUCACAGGGCCUUCUCCCUCUGGAGCUGGCUUGGGCUGGAGUUUGGGAGUUUGUGGAUGUCCAACUUCAGUCCUUACUGUUCUAGGGGUUUUGUUUGUGUAGGAUGUUGUUGCUUUGUUUUUUGUUGGUUUUUUUUUGCGGUACACGGGCCUCUCACUGUUGUGGCCUCUCCCGUUGCGGAGCACAGGCUCCGGACGCGCAGGCUCAGCGGCCAUGGCUCACGGGCCCAGCCGCUCCGCGGCAUGUGGGAUCCUCCCGGACCGGGGCACGAACCCGCGUCCCCUGCAUCGGCAGGCGGACUCCCAACCACUGCGCCACCAGGGAAGCCCUGUCGCUUUGUUUUUAAAGGAUGCUUCUUCAAGGGUGAGGGAUGAAGGUGCCCCUGGGUUACUUGGCCUAGAUGUUCUGAUUUUCUGUUUGGGUGAGAAAGUCGCUUCGACUGUGGAUGGGUGUUCUCCUCCUUUCUGGAAUAUUUGUUUGCUCGGAGGGUUGGCUGCAGCGUGUAGGAUUCUGUUCAGAGCGCCACGUGCCCGACGACAGAGUCCGUAGAAGAGACCACCCCAGGAUCCCAGAUGAACAGCCGGCGGGAAGAUAUGGAAAUCGCGUCCCACUACCGGCAUCUGCUCCACGAGCUCAACGAGCAGAGGCAGCACGGCGUCCUGUGCGACGUGUGCGUGGUGGUCGAGGGCAAGGUCUUCAAGGCCCACAAGAACGUCCUGCUCGGCAGCAGCCGCUACUUUAAGACGCUCUACUGCCAGGUGCAGAAGGCGUCCGACCAGGCCACGGUCACGCACCUGGACAUCGUCACGGCCCAGGGCUUCAAGGCCAUCAUCGACUUCAUGUACUCCGCCCACCUGGCCCUCACCAGCAGGAACGUCAUCGAGGUGAUGUCCGCGGCCAGCUUCCUGCAGAUGACGGACAUCGUGCAGGCCUGCCACGACUUCAUCAAGGCCGCGCUGGACAUCAGCAUCAAGCCGGACGCCUCGGAUGAGCUCUCGGAGUUCGAGGUGGGCGCCCCACCCAGCAGCGGCGCGGACGCCCUCAUCUCCGCCGUCAUGGCCGGGAGGAGCAUCUCCCCGUGGCUGGCCCGCCGCACGAGCCCCGCCAACUCUUCUGGGGACUCGGCCAUCGCCAGCUGCCACGAGGGCGGGAGCAGCUGCGGGAAGGAGGACCAGGAGCCCAAGGCCGACGGCCCCGCGGACCUGUCCUCCCAGCCGCUGUGGCCUGGCGACGUGGGCUACGGGCCCCUGCACAUCAAGGAGGAGCGGCUCUCGCCGGCUCACUACGGGGGCAGCGAGCCGCCGUCCGCCGGGGAUGGGGCCGCUCAGAACUCCUUCUCAGAGCAGGCGGCAGGGGACGGCUGGCAGCCCACGGGCCGGAGGAAGAACCGCAAGAACAAAGACACGGUCCGGCACAUCACGCAGCAGGUAGAGGACGACAGCCGGGCCGGCUCCCCGCUGCCAUCUUUCCUCCCGACGUCCGGGUGGCCCUUCAGCAGCCGAGACUCAAACGCGGACUUGACCGUCGCUGAAGCCAGCAGCUCCGACAGCCGCGGGGAGAGGCCCGAGCUCUACGCGCAUGUGGACGAGGGGCUCCUGGGAGGAGAAGGCAGCUACCUGGGAGCCCCGCUCACCCCGGAGAAGGACGACGCGCUGCACCAGGCCACCGCGGUGGCCAACCUGCGGGCGGCGCUCAUGAGUAAGAACAGCUUGCUGGCCCUCAAGGCCGAUGUGCUGGCGGACGACAGCUCCCUGCUGCUGGAGUACCUGCCCAAGGGCACCCACUCCCUGUCCCUGAACGAGUUCACGGUCAUCAGGAAGAAGUUCCGCUGCCCCUACUGCAGCUUCUCGGCCAUGCACCAGUGCAUCCUCAAGAGACACAUGCGCUCCCACACGGGCGAGCGGCCCUACCCCUGCGAGAUCUGCGGGAAGAAGUUCACGCGGCGCGAGCACAUGAAGCGGCACACGCUGGUGCACAGCAAGGACAAGAAGUACGUGUGCAAGCUGUGUAGCCGCGUGUUCAUGUCGGCCGCCAGCGUGGGCAUCAAGCACGGCUCGCGGCGCCACGGCGUGUGUGCCGACUGCGCGGGUGGCGGCGGGGCCGGGCCCCUGGAUGGCGGCGGCGCCGAGGGCUCUCCUGAGCUGUUCGCGGGCGACGGGCCGUACCUGGAGGACCCCGAGGACCCACGCGGCGAGGGCGAAGAGGAGCUGGGCGAGGACGAGGACGACGUGGGCCUGGCCCCCGAGGACGCACUACUGGGGGACGACAGGGAGGUCGAGGACUCGCCGCGGGGGCCUCGCAGCCCUGCCGGGGGCACCGACAAGGACUUCACCUGGAUCUCCUAGGCUGGGCCGGGCACUGGGCCGCGGCCGCCCCCGCCUGCGUGCGCCCCGGGCCCCCUUCACCUGCUCUCCCCCACCCCUCGAGGACACCCGGGGCUCAGAGGCGGGCGCUGCCCCAGCGAGUGGGGCUGGGGACGCGCGUGGGGCGGGUCUGAGCCCAGGGAGAGCCCUUGUCACCUCCCCCAGCAGGGGCGCGGGGCGGGCAUCAGGGGUGCCCAGGACGCACUGGUCUGGCGUCGGACGCGCCGUGACGUGUGGUCCGGAAAGGGCCAGCGCUGGCUGUGGUCCCAAGUGUGGCCCCGAGGCCCGGGUCCGGGAGCUGUUAGGAGAGUUCUCCUCACCCUGGGCCCGUCCAGGGCCGAGUCCCCCCGCCUCCGCUCCCCCUUCUCAGCAGUGGGGUCACUGCUGGCGGCUGCCACUGCCCCCGCCCUCGAGGGCUGUGCCGUCCGGUGGCAGCCUGCGAGAUCCAGGUCUGGCGUCCAGAAAGCCCCGCGGCCCCCCCGCCUCUGGGCUUUGGUGCUCAACACACAGCAGCAGCCGACCUCGGCCCGGGUGCCCAGGUGCUACCCACCCCCGAGGCAGCUGGGCAGGGGGCCCAGGUGCUACCCCCCCCCCGAGGCAGCUGGGCAGGGGCCCAGGUGCUCCCACCGUAGGGGCCUCCUCUUUCUUUGUGUGCACUUCUCUGGGCCGGCUCGCCCCUCCGCCCCUCCCGUCCUGCCGCGCCCAGGCCACUCCUGCUGACCGCUCCGGGCGGCUUGCCUUUGUUGCUGCUCACGCCGCCUGCGGGGGCCGCCCCUCCCCAGGUGCUCGGGCCCCAGUUCCGUGAGUAGCUAAGGAAACUGAGGCUGGCACGUGACAUGGUUCUGUUUGGCGUUAUCUUUCCCGCUCGACCACACUCGCAGACGUGUCUUUCCUUUGGUUUCUUCCCAAGCCCCCUCGCCGUCUUUUAAACACGCUUACGACCCCUUCUCUAUCUUUUUUCUGAGAAGCCGGGGUCCCGCCGUGUGCUGUGAGGACACUGUGGGCCCAACCCCGGCCCGUCUCCCUUUCAGGCUCAUGACACGUACAUUCCAUCCCCUCCACCCGCCUCGCUUGGGAGCCGCUGCGGGACACCGUGCCAGGGCCCCUUGGGUGCUGAGCUGGAGCCGAAGGAGACGCUGGCUUGAUUUUCUCUCUCCCCACAGCCUGCAAGCCGAGUGGCUUUACUGCAUUUCUCCCGGGUCCCAUCUACUCUUUCUAGGUGGAGAAAGGCAAAUCCCACAGAACCCUCCUUAGUAAGUGGCUGGCUGCGUGGACACGGACGGGUGCUGUCCUUGAAGCCCUGCCCGGGGAGGAGUCGCAGCUUCAUUUUCUGUUUUGCCUUGUUUUAAACAUAGCCACCUUUCUCUCAGUCAGAAGAGGGCUGCCCUCCCAUCCUCAGCUGGGGACGCUGCGAACUCCUCAACGCCGGCAUACUUAGGGAAGGGCCGGGCCGGGCCGGGGGCAGGAGCCCAGGGCAGGUUGGGGUGCCUCCGGGGCCGGUGACCCGGUCUGCCUUUCACAGUGGGGCCCAGCUGAGCCCCUCAGUGGGGCUCCCCACUGUGUACCUUUCCCCCACUUUCUAACCCCUUUUAUAAACAGACUUACUUUCUUAUCAAAUGCGUUUGGAAACCAGACCUUUGCUGCCAAGCGUCUCUGGGUUUUGUACGGGGCCACCUCUCAGCCCGCCGCCCGCGCCCCGGGCCACCUUUGCGCCACACUCAGGACCUGCUCACUCCCGCUCUGGACCGUCCUGGCUGACUUUUAACGGGGCCCUCAGUGCCACAAGGGCAUUUUCUUCCUCAAAACAAUACCCUGGAAAACCGAGGGUCCCACCUCCCGCCCCCGAGCCCCGUGUGUUCACUAUUCUCGUGUGCGGUUAACUCGAGAGCUGGAUUUCAGAGAUGCAGGCGAACACAUCGCCUCCAGAGGCGUGGAGGGAAAGACGUGUAACGAAGGUUUCUUUUUUAACGUGAUCUUUUUUUUUUCCCAAAUCAAUGUUUAAACUAAUAAAUAUUUUUUUAUGAAGCGGAAAAGCGUGUAGAUCACAUCUCACAUUUUGUACCUUUCCGUCUGUGUGCGUCUGUGUUUGGUGUCUGCAACGCCGAUGUGGGACGCGGUCUAUCAGGCGGCAAGGUCUUUGGGGGUGGGGGAGGGGCGGGGAACCAAGAUUUUGUAUCAAGCUCUGGAUCCUGACCGGGUUGUAUGCUUGAACUCUGGGUUUGGGAACAGUCACAACACUGCCAGGACUGGAUAGGGACCUCAACUGAAAGAACACAGCUACUGCUUCCAACUUUGCACAUCUUCCUUUUUAAAAAAGAGAAUUCUGAAAAAAUGCAAAAACUGGAACUUUUUGCAAUAUUAUAUGAAAGAUAAUCUUAUUUUCGCUCAUUCUGUGACAUGUGCAACUCUUAAGAAAGCCAUACUUAAUGGUGUUUUUAUUUUUUAGAUCCUAUAUUGUGUUUUGUAUGUGGCCCUUUUUAGAACUACUUGUAGUGAGGGCGCUGUGUGUGUGCUUUUCUUAAAUAUUUAUUUUUUCAACAUGCUUUCAACCUGUCAACACAAAACAGAAAAAGGGCAGUGUUUGAAGAUUGUUGAUUUUUUUCUGGGGAUAAUCUAUAUUAUAUCGACUUUAUAUGAAUUAUUAUAAACCUGUGUUUGUAUUGGAGAUGUGUUUCAUAUUUGGGGGAGUCUUUUGUAACUGGUCAGUGGGACAUCACGGCCAUCGCCUGCUUCCCCGGAGCCGUCAACGGCCAACAGCACCUCCUCCCUAGUGGUCUUGAGAUUUCUUGUCUGCCGGGCGCACUCCGGGCCCGCCUGUGGGUCUCCUUUCUGUGACGGGAUUAGUUAGACUUUCUUGCAAAGCGAUCACUUUCAAUAAACUGGGAAAUUGCUGCUUGA